GUAUGGAUGAUUUGAUUUCAUACCCCAAAACCCCAAAAACAGGCAAACGGAAAAAGAAACGAAACGAAAUAUCAGUACGAAUCGGGAUAUCGGGAAGGAUAAAAGGAUAAGACGCCUAGAGGAAGUUACUAUUACGCUAUUACGUUGCUAAACGUUACGUACGUGCCGCUCCCGCUCCCUACUCAAAGAGUAAAAUAAGUUGGUUGUUCAUAAGUGCAGUGUUACGAAUAAGUAUAAAACGACGAAAGCAAAAAGAGAAUACGAAAUACAACAACAACAACACAACAAAUCUCAGUGAAAUGUGAAAACAAUUGUGACGUCAUUGAACUUAUCAAAACAUACAUUGCAUACAAUCAGCAAUAAUAAUAGAAACAAAAACAAAAACAACCAUCAAAAAUUAGUGCAAACAUUAAACUCCAUAAGCCAAAUUGUUGCUCUAACACCUCAUUUAACAUAAACACGCGUUGAAUCGCUGAUAGUUUUUGUUUUUUAUAAUUAAUCCAAAUAUGCAUAAAUCCCAAAGAGUGUUGAGCCACUUGGGCCGAACUUUGCUAAGGCAACAACAAUUUAACUUGACUGUGCAACAACAACAGCAGCAAAGUCUAUUGACAUUAGCAUGCUGUUCCCCAACAUCAGACACUAGCAUUGCCAUGAGGAAUAGCAAUAGCCACAAUAACCACAACAAGAACCAGAAUAAUAACAGCCACAGACUUUCUUCAUCAUCAUCUUUGCUGUUGCUGUCAUCUUCAAAUCCCGCCGCUAAAUAUUAUUCGAAAUUUACUGCCGCCCGUGAAUCUUUGCCUUUGGGUUCUCAUCCCUUGUGCGAAGAACGGGCCUUGGAUCUGAUAUCCAAUCUUAAGGAAACUGAGUUGGCCGCCAUCAAAUUGGCAUUGCAAAAAUACGAGGCUAAAAAACAAAAGGAAGGCUUUGAGGGAAAACUAGCGGCAACGCAAUGGCGUACACGUUUCGGUCGCCUCUCCAAAGUGCCCGCAUUGGGUGAGGUCGAUCCCACCGGAUCAUUUUGUGCCUUUCCAGAUGAUUGGCUGAAAAAGAAAGCUGCGGAAAAGGCUGUCAGUCCCUCAAGUUCAGAUCUGUGGAAGAUUUUCAUGGUGAACGCUGUGCCGUUUGUGGCCUUUGGGUUUCUGGAUAAUUUUACUAUGAUUAUUGCUGGCGAUUAUAUCGAGUAUAUAUUCGGUACCUUUAUGUGCAUAUCCACCAUGGCGGCAGCUGGUUUGGGCAAUACCAUUAGUGAUGUAUUAGGCAUUGGCUCAGCCUACUAUGUGGAACGAGGUUGUGAAAUAUUGGGCUUGAGGCCACCCGAUCUAACACCAGUGCAAUUGGAAAUGAAAUCUAGUCGUAGAGCUGCCAACUAUGGUCGCAUUAUUGGCAUAACUGUUGGUUGCUUAGUAGGUAUGUUCCCGCUACUUUUUAUGGAUCGCAAGGCCAUUGAAGAUGAACGCAAAGAGGAAGAGGAAAGAAAAAAACUUGAACAAAAACAACUAGAGACGACUGUCAAUGCAAUACCUUAAGCUCAAGAAAGUUGAACAAAAACCAAAAAACGUGAAAAAAAAGUUGAUAUUAAAUUAUUUUCCUCUUGAGUCUUAUGUAGAUUGUUCAAUUCUUUUAUAAUUUCUUCUUUUUUCUUAGGAUAUUCAAAGUCUAUUAUUAAAUUAUUGAAAAGAAAAUACCAGGAAUUUAUUAAUAUAGAUAUUAUAUUUGUUUAACACUACCUCCGUUUAUUAAGCAGUAGAAAACGAAAAACGAGAAAACAGACAAUGUCUCUAUAUAUUUUGUUUGUAUUAUAUUUUGAAUACAAUAUUUUUUUU